AAAAAGGAUAUAAUGAAAUUAUAGAUGAAAUAGAAGAUGAGGCAUUACAAGAAUCUGGAUGUAGUUAUCUACUUUUACCAGAAGCUUUAGAUAAGCCACAACUAGGAAUAAUUAAUCUACAAAAUAGAGACGAUAAUGAGUGUUUUAAAUGGUGUAUAAGUGCAUAUCACACAAGAGAGGAAGCAAUAAAAGUUAAUAGAAAGCCACCACAUCUUAAUGAAAUCCGGAAACUUAGACAAAAUGCAAAUAUAGCAAAUUUUGAAGGUAUAAAAUUUCCAGCAACACUCCAUGAUAUAGAUAAAUUCGAAGAAAGCAAUCCUAAUUAUGCUAUCAAUAUAUUUAAACCAUUUUAUAGAGAAGCUUUCGGAAAAAUAAAAGUAGAUAUAGAUCCAUUACAUAUUUCAGAACAUAAUUAUCAAGUAGAGUAUAUGAUAGAUUUAUUAUAUUUAACAAAAGGUGAAGAGAGUUUAAAUGAUCGAAAAAAUCAAAAUGAUAUAUCAGAAGACUUAAAAACACAUUAUGUAUAUAUAACAGAUUUCGAGCGAUUAAUGUAUAAGUGGAAUAACCAUCAUGAUAAAAAACACUUUUGCCGAAAAUGCUUGCGAUUUCCAUAUAGUCGAUUAGAUUUAUUACAGAAACAUAUUCUUACAU